AUGGGCAGUUGGUUCUCCAAGUAUCCCGAAUUUGACGUUGGGAAUGUCGAGGAGGAUUACGACUACAUCAUAGUCGGUGGCGGGACGUCAGGAUGCGUACUGGCGAAUCGACUGAGCGCGUCUGGCAACUAUCGAGUGCUCCUAGUCGAACGCGGUCCCGUGUCCGAUACUUUCAUCACUCGGGUUCCUCUGCUAUCCAUGUCGCACUCCUCGGAUAGCGAGUUCCUAGACGAGACUCGAUCUACGGCGCAGUCGAGUCUGGGUGGUUUGGACGAGAGCUGCCUCGUCGGCCGCGGUCUGGGAGGGUCGUCUCGCAUCAAUGCGAUGAUCUACACUCGCGGAUUACCCGCCGAAUAUAAUGCGUGGAGAGAUGCUGGGCGAGUUGGGUGGGGAUGGGAGGAUCUGCAACCUCUAUUCGUCAAGGGCGAGCGCGCUAGCGGUGCCGCGACUACAAACCUUGUAGAUCAUGGUACACGAGGCGAAUGGCAUACCUAUCAGGAGGAUGACUUCCAGUGGCGCGCCUUCCAGAAGAAUGUUAAAGCUUGCGAGGCCAUCGGGCUACCCUUCAUUCCAGAUCUGAACGCCCCUCAACACCCUCCCUUCGGCUGUGGCAAGCUCCACUUCACAAUCUCGCCUCGCGGAACGCGCAACUCUGCGUACGACGCCUUUGCACCGAAGGACCUCGCCCUCGCUCGUCGGAACGUCUUACACGUCUGCACCAACACCAUUGUGUCCAAGCUCGAGACAGAGCGGGAUGGAGACGGACCGGUCAGAGUUACCGGCGUUCAUCUGCUCGGGAAGAAGGGCGAGAGCCGACUGGUACGAGUCAAGAAGGAGGUUGUGCUCAGCGCCGGUCCGUUCGGAUCGCCUCGGGUACUCAUGCUGAGUGGUAUAGGCCCGGCAGAGCAUCUCAAAGAGCAGGGAAUCCGCGUCGUGAAGAACCUCCCUGCUGUCGGUCAGAAUCUUCAAGAUCACUUCGCCGCGCAUGUUACAUAUGAGGUUCAUCCUCAAGACAGCCUUGUCCGCCUUGAAAAGCCUUGGGUGUUCAUAUGGGCCUUCCUCAGCUACCUCCUCUUCGGCGUCGGCUACCUCGUCCAACCACCGCUUCAACUCGCUAUCUUCGCUUGCUCAAAGCUACUUGACGCAAACGGUCUACCAUCCCCGGAACUCGCGGAGAAGACCGAGUCGCUACCUGAUAUCGAGAUCAUGCCCAUGCCAUACCCUACGGGCAAGGUGUCCGAUAACGCCGAAUGGGACCAUAGGCGCGGCAUCUACAGCUUCCUCUGCGUUUUGCUGCGCCCAAAGAGCAAGGGCUCCGUGCGCCUUACAUCUACGGACCCUCGCGCGUCAAUGGAGAUCGACCCACGAUGGAUCUCCGCGCCCGAGGAUCUCGCCGCACUGCGCACCGUAUGCCGCCUUGGGAUGCGUCUCGCAGACGGAAUGCGCUCUCGCGGGCUCCCUAUGAAGCCAUUUCAAGUACCCGAGAACGAGGACGAUGUGACGCUGGACAAGUGGAUACGCAAUCAUAAUCGCACGGCAUACCACUACUCGUCGACUUGUCGUAUGGCGCCGGAGGACGAUCUGGAGGGCGGAGGCGUUGUCGAUGAUAGGUUGAGAGUGCAUGGGUGCUCGAACUUGCGUGUCGCGGAUUCGUCUAUCUUUCCUUGGGUGCCGGCUUGUCAUACGCAGGCUCCGGCUGUUGUUGUUGCGGAGAAGGCCGCUGUGUUGAUAUUGGGUUCGUAG